CUCCCGACACUUCAGGUGAAUGAGAGCUCUCACGGGAAAAGAGGAGCGGGACACGGUUCACUGCGCGUCGCGUUAAGUAGAAACAAUUGGGCAAAAAUAAAUAAAUUAAACAACAACAACAACAACAACAACAAAAUGACUUGUCUUUCGUCGCUCGGGGCGCAUGUUUUCAUGACAGCAUAUCUCCUCUUCCUGAUGGGAUGCGUUGCACAGAAAGUAUACUUUGACUGUGGUGCCAAGGUGGAUGUGGUGGAUGCACAAGGACUGAUACUCUCUCCUGGCUUCCCUUACAACUAUUCUUCUGGGACCCACUGUGUUUGGCAGUUCUUUGUGCCGGUAGAUUAUCAGCUUAUCCUUGAGAUAUUUGACUUUGACGUGUUUGAAAGCCAUGACUCUUCUGCACAGUACUCAGCCAUUUCGAAUUAUGAGGAUAAUGAUGAUGGAGAAGAUGAGGUGACUUAUGCCAGGUUAUCAUUGGAUGAGCCUUCAACAGCAGAUAUUGAUCAGAUCGAUCAGAGUGUUGUCCCAAAGAUCCAGCAAUCUUCCCAAGACAGUGAGCUGGAGAAGGUGAUGGUCCAUGAACAGUCCACAAAAACUGAGAUAGCAAAAGUCUCAAACUCUGCCAAAAGAUCUAUAGAUCAUUCCUCUGGCCUUUCAUUGCCGCCGACUGCUUCUCUUCUGCUUCCUGUAACCGUGUUGAAUACAGAUAAGGCUAUCAACACGGCCUCCGCUUCCCGUCUUAGGGCGCACCCUAGUUCCAUCCCAAGCAUGUCUAGUGUGACCCCAGUUGCCUUCCCACAAUCCACUGACACUACUCCCGUGAGCCCUGAAACCCAGCAAUCAGGGUUUGACGCCUGCCCUCAUGACGUCCUCUAUAUCUCAGAUCUCAUCACCUUUUCCUCAAGGUUCUGCGGGUCAAACCGACCUCCUAGCAGCCAGUUGGUUUUUGGCUCUAGUCAGGAGAUGGUGGAGGUCAUCAUGGAGCUCAUCACUACCACUCAUUGGGGUCGUGGCUUUGCCCUCCUCUUCCACUACAACAAUUUGACCAAGCCGGACGGUGAACGGAGAAGCCUUGUUUCCACAUCUGCCAAGGUAGACUCUCUACUGGCUGCUGUGAGUGGCGCUGCCUUCUUCGCUUUGAUACUUACCAGUGUCCUCUGCGUCAUAUUCAGACCCAAACUGUGUCGAAAGAGAGAGAGCCCCUGUGCAUCCACCAGCACUGAGGUGCCAGUGGGAGUUCAGAACACUAGGGUGGAGGUAAGUGAGCUGCAACCGAUGGCUGAGAGUCAGACCAACCAGGAGAUGGUCAGGAAUCAGGAAAACAACAAGGACAGUCCACCACGCACAGUCAGUGCUGGUGGUGAUACUUCCCAGAAUACAGAAUUGGAACUUUCCUCCAGUGGUUUGGCGGAGCUUGAUUUUGGUCCAGAUGAGGUGUUCAUCAUAUCGUCUGCCCCCAGCCCACAUAGGCCAUCCUUCUCCCAACACACACAAAGGGAGAGGUUCCUGAGGCACAGUGACACUGGUCCCAGUCCUGUGGGUGACUCGCCCCCACCUGCCUCCACCCCCUCACUUUCUGGUCCCACAAGUGAUGGCUGUGUCCGACCAAGAGCGUGGAGCGUACGCACCUUCCAGGAAUUCCUCCCUCCAAUGCCGCAGCUCCAUAAGAAGUGGUGCAGCUGGAACUCUACAAGUCCCUUCACCAAGCUAGUAGACAGCGCACCUCCCAGUGUGGUGUCUGACAACAGGAAGGUUUUCUCCGAUGUUCAUCUGGCGGCCAAGAAUGACACAAGCACCAUUUCUGACUCUUCGAUCAGCAAUGCUUCAUAUCCACUUGCUCAGGCCGCCCAGAGGCAGCGGCGUCUGAACUCGACCAGCAAUUUGCGGCGCUCCCGCUUCACGGGGCCUUGCUUUGGUCUGCUCUCUGAGACUGCAGACCCAACCAAGACCACUGGUUUUAAUCAUGCCCAGAGCUCCCAACCAGAGUCCGUCUCUUCUUCCUCCAUCCACGGUGCCAUUGAGAGCAACCAGACAACAAAGAGGCACGAUUUCCCAGGUGAGGGCGAUCACAUUAAUGUGCCUGUGUUUGCCAUCUCUGAGGAAGAGGACCGGCAACCUCUGGUCUCAGCUGAGCACCUGGGCCAAACCACUGGCACCGCCAUCCAGAAUGGACUGGUUCAGGGAACAUUUGACAGCAAAAGACCUGCCGGUGUAACCUCCAGCCUCAGCCCUCAGAAUCAGAGGGUCAGACUGGAGUGGAGGCCAUGGGGGAGUCCGGUGUUAGAAGGGGUUUGUUCAUUCCCUUCCAAUACACCCACUACCACGACUGAGUCAAACAGCAUCAAUAACUGCCAGUUGCCUCACAGCCAGCCUACUGUGUUGUGCAGUAUGACAAACCCCAUGUGAUUAGGAAGAUGCUGAAAAGACUGGUGGGCCAGUGAAGCAUUCCUGAACUAUUGUUAGUGCCCCCUUUUUUAAAAUGUAACCUAUUUUAAUGGAAGAAAUCAACUUUUGCAAAUUGUUUGCUACGUUCUGGAAUAUAUUAUUCUCUUUCUGGAUGCUGCUCAACAUAUGCUGAGGUCCGACCUGCUGCGGUUUAAGGAAAACAAACAAAAAAGUAUUUUUGAGUGUACAUGAAAACCCCAACUUUUAGGAGCACUUUAUAAGACCAGAUUUGUGAAUUUGAUUUAUGCAUUUUGGUGAAUUAAUGUACUACACCCAUUACACUUCAAUAGCUUUCAGUAACUCAUGAAGUUUGGAUUUUUGUAUUAUGUACAUAGAGGUCUUGGACUCCAUCCCCCCUCCAAUACUUGUUUCUCCAAAGUGUUCCACAAAGUAUAGGUCAUACAUUUAUUGCUUGUAAACAUACAGGGUAUACUUUUACUGGAUUAUGAAAGGGAAAUCAACAUACUGUAAAAUAUAUACUAAUGUAGGCUACAUCGAUAGAUGAAUCUAGUGGGGGGGGGGGGGAAGAAAUCACUAGUAUUUAUAAAAUGAGUUGACAUGAAUUAAUGAAGUUUAA